GAAAAUUACUCAUAGUGGCGGUGGUGCGUAGCUGUUUCUAGACACUGCGCGCAAGUCCCCUUGCUUCUGUUCGCCUGUCAUGAAGAUCUGGAACAGAAACUGACAAAACAUGCUACCCAUAAUUCUCCGUGCUCUAAUUCGUGUGAACCGUCGGCUGGCGAACGCCAGGGGUCGUAUUCGUGGUCGCUUUUCAUACAACGCAAGGACAUGUCGUGGGUGUACCUGCACCAGUUUUAUCGUUUUAAAAGUCGUGGGCGCAGCUGCUCAGUCGUAAUUUAGAAGAUGCAUCGACGAUAGUUUUCGGCAGCUCCUCGGUUGAAUUCUAAGCGCUGCCAAGAAUGGGCAUCUGAAGCGAAGCUUUUUUGUUAAUGAACAGCAGAAGGUUCUUUUCUUGAUGAAGGUGGGGCAAAACAAAAACCACUGUUAAACUCUGGCGGAGCAGCCCAAAAGAUCUGUUUACCGUAAUAUCUGUGAUUUGAUUCGAAGAUCAAUACCAUAAGUACAUAUGUUGCUCCGUGGCGUAGAGGGACAGGAGGUUGUCUCGACGGGCGUAGAGAAUCACGACUCCGUCGUCGGGUGUGGGCACUGUCUGGACGCGUGCUUCACGUGUAGCCAGAACCAGUAUGUUGGUAACUACACGACGACACCUGCUGUACUCUCGAAUGCCACGACGAGCCCUACUAGCAUGACCACCAACGUGACAGACGUUCUGCUCUCGAACGCGACAAAAGUAGCAGACGUCGUGCUUUCGAACGCGAGCAGUGCAGCGGCGGAAAAUGUCCUUAAUAACGUGACCACCAACGCGACGGAUAGUCUCGUGGAAAACUAUGCGACGAACGUAACGGGGGUCGCGGUGGAGCAGAAUGUCACCGGGGUUGUCCGGAUGCAGAAGGCGAUCGCCACCGUUUUCUGCUGCAACGAGAGCCUCGAAGAGCUGAACCCGCUGCUGUUUUUCUGCGGGCUUUUGAUCCAGAUCGUGCUGUGCGCCACUUGCUGCUGCGUGUUGCUGCCGUGGUUGUGCAAGAAGGUGGUCUUCGGAAGUGGUGGCCGGGGAGGGGGUCGAGGUGCGGUGCGGGGGCACGAGCGGCUCGAGGAGAAGGAUGGCUUGCUCGACGCGGACGACAACGGCUACGUCGUGGGUACAACGUACGAGGAAAGCUACGAGUACUACACCACGAACACGAACACGUACAAUUAUUAAUGACCGUGGCGCGAGGAGGACCACGGCAACUAUGAGAGGGAAGAUGAAAUCGAUAAAAUAAAGGUUAAGGUUUGACUAUGUAUUUCUUUGUCUUUGCCAUGUUUGCAUUUGAUUCCAUCAUGAGACGAUUUCAUACACAAAAUUGACUUGUAAAGUAGAUUGAUAGGUUUGGUUGGCUCGAGGUGUUUCAUGGUUUUUUUACAACUGACAGCAGUAUGGAUUUCUAUAGCGUUUAGACGACUUUCAAGGAGACUAUGGAUCUUUUUUUCUCACCGCACGAAAAACGAA